AUGCCAUCUCGACGUCACCUACGAUUGAGCUUGAGUCAAAACAAAGAAACUUGUCACGGCUUUUACUGUUGCAGGAGCGUGAAGGAGCUCCCAAGAUAUCCGCUUGUCGACCUUGAUGAAGCAGUCGAGGACCUCCUUAACAACAUCGGUCACUUCUCCCUCAACCGAGAAGAGUAUUCUGAGCUUAGUCGCAAGGCUCAUGCUUUGGUUGGACCCAACAGUAUCGGUCGUAAGCUUUACAAUCAGCUGCGUAUCAAGGCCGAGGAUCCGACAGUCGAGAGUUGGAUCGCUGAGCCCUUGUUGAAGGCACUGCACAACAAGCGUAGAUAUCCUUUGGCCCCAUACAGCAAUUUUCUCGGCACCCACUUUGAUAGCACCACCACGCACUCUCAAGCUGAGCGAGCGGCUGCGCUCACCAGGGCAGUAUGCGAGUUCAAACGUGAUCGCGACAACGGCAACCUGGAGCCUGACUACCUAGGGGAGAAGGCGAAUUGCGGCAAUUCCCUGUUGUGGUUGUUCAACGCCUUAAGGGAGCCAAAUUUAGGCUGCGAUAAGAUGUUGAAGUACCCGGGCAACGAGUACGUAGCUGUUCUUCGGAGAGGUCACCUCUUCAAAGUUGUCCUGCAGCAGGGAGAUGACAUCGUGUCGCAUCAACAUCUAAGGGCAGUAUUUGGGGCUAUCCUAGGCCUGACCCUUGAGGAGAAGAGAUGGACGGGCAUGCUGACCACGGACAAUCGUGACAAAUGGGCUACGAAUCGACGGGAGUUGCUUUCGUACGACGAGAGAAAUACGUCAUAUCUCGACACGAUAGAGAAGUCCGUCUUUGUCCUGUGCCUGGAUGACAGCACCCCAGUGACGCGUGAGGAGCGCAUCCGCUAUGGAUAUCUCGGAGACUCCUUCAACCGUUGGCACGACAAGAGCUUCCAGAUCUUGGUCACUGCUAAUGGUCGCUCUGGAAGCAUAUUUGAACAUUCAAUGAUUGACUUUAUGACAAUCUCGCAACUCUCUAAGCGCCUGCAGAAUGCGAUCGACACUCUUGGGCACGAUGACGACGAUAUGGACCAAAGGAGCCAGGGCAUUCACACCGCCAGCCUUGAGGAGGUCCCUCUGUUCACAACUGCAGAGAUCGAGGGCCAGAUCGAGACGCUCCGCGAGAAAUACUCAGCUGUCACGAGUGUGAAGCAAUACACACCACACCUCAUCACUUCUUUUGGAAAAUCGAUUUUCCUCGAACAUUCAGCACAUAUCAAAGCGACAGUCGACCUGACGAUUCAGCUGGCAAGCCGUCUGUACUUUGGCUAUCUCCCUGCUAGCUGGGAAACGGUUUCGACAGCGCAUUUUUACCUCGGCCGCCCGGAAAUUGUGCAGGUGGUUCUGAAAUCAGUCGUCGAAUUCUGCAAUGCUGCGUUGGACAGCACUGUGCCGCGCGCUGAGGCAAGGAACAAGCUGCUACAUGCGGCAAGAGAGUGCAAUGCGCAAAUUGUUAAAGGCAGUGAAGGCCGCAACUACUUCCGACUCAUGGACGUGCUUGAGAUGAUGAGUGAGGAGCAGGAGCCCAACGAUGUCCCAGAGCUCUUCUCUGAUCCAGUAUGGAAGAGGAGCGGUCCACGACUGAUCAUGCAGACGAUGAUCGAGACUAAGCUGGCUGAAGAUCCUGGUUACACGAUGGAGGACCCGGAUAAUGUGUGGAUGAAUUACACGGUGAACGAUGACUCUGUGGAGGUUUGUUUUGUCAGUCCAAGGAAGGGUGCGGAAAGAUUUCAGGCUGCCUUGGAUCGCGCAUCAGACAUCGUCAAGAGCAUCAUCCAAGCAAGGUGGCGGGAGAACUUCAGCCUGAUUUUUGGAUAUAGAUCGUAA